CCGAGCAAGGUAAAAUUCACGACGAAGAAUGGUCGUGUGAAAUCGUCGAUACACAUGAUGUUGGGUACUUGGUUAGAGUGCAAACUGUCUCAUUGAUAUAGAAAUUUGCUUACUUCGCCAAUCGACAGUCAACCAGUUAGAUUUACGUUUCGAAAUUGUCGUCGCUUGCCACUUGGUGACGAAUAAGAAGUCUCCUGUUCGCAGUUUUCCACUAUGAUCUAUGAGAUCUGCUAUUCGAACGCAUCCCAGCAACAACUUUUUUUUCAAAUUGUGUGAAUGAAUGCGAAAAUUAAUUCAUUAUCUUCGCGAUGCGUGCAUUUGAUGUGCUGUUGUAGUACGUGCGGUGAUCAUAUCGGAUUCGCGGUUACGAGAAUUACAUUUUUGUGGGUGUUUUUUUAUUUUUAUUGUAAAUCCAUCGAUAAUUUUUAAUUUUAAUCAAUAUGCAGAUCGAAACGAGAAAUACGUGUUCGUGGAUAAGAGGAGUAUCUUCUGCAUUUACCAGACGAAAAACGGAUAUACCUGGAGAAGUAACUGACUCAAAAUUAGCACGUGUUUUAGGAUUGGUCGAUCUGACAUCUUUAGGUGUUGGUUCAACUCUUGGCUUAGGAGUUUAUGUUCUUGCAGGAGCAGUUGCCCUUAAUGAAGCUGGCCCAGCUGUAUCAAUUUCAUUUCUAAUUGCAGCCAUUGCAUCUGCUUUCGCUGGUUUAUGCUAUGCAGAAUUUGCAUCGAGAGUGCCGCGAGCAGGAUCAGCUUAUGUAUAUUGUUACGUCACUGUCGGCGAGUUUACUGCCUUCGUGAUAGGAUGGAAUUUAGUAUUAGAAUACGCGAUAGGCACAGCGGCCGUAGCCAAAGGAUUAAGCAAUUAUGUGGAUGCUUUGAGCGGAAAAGCAAUGGAAAACGCAUUGAAAGAUUGGCUCCCCAUGCACAUUCCAUUUCUGGCACCUUAUCCUGAUUUUUUCGCUUGUAGUAUCGUUUUAGUGUUGACAUUAUUACUGGCACGCGGUGUAAAAGAAUCCUCUUCUGUCAACAAUGCAUUCACAGUGGUUAAUUUAAUUACCGUGGUGAUCGUUAUAGUUGCAGGAGCUUAUAAAGCUAAUCCUAGUUAUUGGUCAAUACCAAAAGAAGAAAUACCUCCGGGUGUCCGAGGUGGUGAAGGUGGUUAUAUUCCUUUUGGCUGGUCGGGAGUUUUAGCCGGAGCUGCUAAAUGUUUUUUCGGAUAUAUUGGUUUCGAUGUGAUAGCUACCACGGGAGACGAAGCGAAAAAUCCUAAACGUAACAUUCCAUUGGCUAUAAUUCUCUCAUUGCUUAUAAUUUUUAUGGCCUAUUUUGGUGUUGCUACAGUUUUGACCAUGUUGCUUCCUUAUUACAAACAAGAUGCUAAUGCACCUCUACCGCUUGCAUUUUCUGAAGUACAAAUGCCUGCGUUGAUGUAUAUUAUAUCGAUUGGAGCUAUUUGUGCAUUAUGUGCCAGUUUACUCGGAGCAAUUUUUCCAUUGCCAAGAAUCUUAUUUGCGAUGGCAGAUGAUGGAUUACUUUUUUCCUGUUUCGCCGAAGUAAAUAAAUUUACGAAAACUCCAGUCAAAGCAACGCUUAUAUCAGGAGUAUUAGCGGGAUGCGUAUCCUGUGUAUUUGAUUUAACGCAGUUGAUUGAUAUGAUGUCGAUAGGCACAUUACUAGCUUACACGAUCGUGGCACUGUGCAUUCUCAUUUUGAGGUAUAGAGAAGAUGCGGAAGGUUACAAACAAUCAUCCUCGCUAUUUCAAAAUACUAAUCCAGAAUCGAAAUCGUCUAUAAACAAUAUUUGGAAUACUUUCAAAGUUGCAUUUAAUUUAAAUAAGUCUAAAUAUCCUACUACGUGUUCUCAAAAAAUGGCACUAUGGUCGCUGUUCACUUUUGUUAUUUCCGUUGCAUUGCUAUGUUUCUUUUUCAUUUAUGGUAGCAGAAUUAUUCGUAACGAGAAUAUCUUUUUGUACAUCUUACUGGUAUUCCUAGUUGUGUGUAUUUUGAGUUUUGUGAUAUUAAGUAGACAACCGCAGGCUAGUUUAUCACUUCCAUUCCAGGUUCCUCUUGUACCGUUGGUACCAUUUUGCAGUAUAAGCAUGAACAUUUAUUUAAUGCUGAAAUUAGACAUCCAUACGUGGGUUAGAUUUAUUUUUUGGUUGGCAAUAGGUUUCGUAAUUUACUUUACUUACUCAAUAAAACACAGCAUCGAAGGAAAAAAACAUAAAGCCCUUCAGCAACAUCGCGCGGAAUUGAAUAAAAAUAAUGAAAUAGACUUAAAAACUUGAGAAUAAAGAACAGUAUUAAAAAGAUCCACCCAACGAAUGAAAUACUUAUCUAUCAUUUAAUUUUUUAGUGCAUAGAUAUUUUUUUAUCAAGUAUCAUUUUUGUACGUACUUUUUGCACUAGUCAAUUUUGUAAAAUUAUUCAAGUUUGUAUUUUUUUUUUUUUCACCACAUCGUAUUAAAAGUAUGCUGAUAAGAAUGAUUUUUAAAAGAAAGGCAAGAAUAAACCCUGAAAUAUUACUGAUGAAUAAAAUCAGAACUACCUAA